AUGCGGUCCGGUGGGUGGGCUAACUCACCGGAUGUAGAGUCGCACAGAAGGUCGUUGCCGGAGUUUGGUCCCGCGGGCCAGGGGGCGGGGGGUGGGGCGGGGCCGGGGUCAGGGGCGGGGGGCUGGGGCGUGUACUGGCUGAGAUCGCAGCCCCCACCAACGCCGCCGAGACCGCCCUCGCCGCAGAACAAAUCCUCUAUAUGGCCGCUGAAAGCAGUACAGGUGAGCGCGGACUGCAUCACGCUGUGCGUGAUCGAUGACUGCCUCGACUCGGACGUGCCCCUCCUGGAGGUGUCGUUCGGAGAACUGCGCGUCGAACAGGAUCUUCGCAAAGAAGAAGAAGGUCUAGAGGAUCCGCUGUUAGUGUGCACACCGGCCGGCCCAGCACCCUCCGUCAUAGGCGGAGCGGAGGCGGGAGCGGGAGCGGUGGCAGCAGCGGGGGCGACUGCGGCAGCGGGCAGCGGCCGGCUGAGUGCGAUACUGUCAGCAGACUACUACAAUCGUACCCUUUCUGGAUGGGAACCUGUCAUCGAACCAUGGCGAUUUGAGACGAGCUGGGAGAGCACGCUGACCAGCGAGUUGUCGCCGGGACGAGUGCAGGUGGAGGUGCGAGCGUUAGAGACCCUCGGCGUCAACGUGACCUGCGCGCUCGUGGAGCUGUGCCAGCUGGUGCGGCACAACUGGGCCGCCGACUACUAUGGACAGUGGGCGGGCGGUGAGGCCGGGCAGUCUCCUAAGGGCAGUCCGGCGGGGCACCGGCGCCGGUCGCCGUUCGUGCCGUACGCGCUGCGCAACCGGACCGGACACCGGCUAUGGUUCACCACGCUCUCUACCACAGCGCACCAGGCGGUAGAAUCGACCGCGGGGUGGGGCGGUCCGGACGACUCUUGGGUAUGCGUACGCGCAGACGAAACCGAGCCGUUCUCAUUCGGGGCUCGGCGCCGCGCCAGGCACCACGCCACCGCCUCCGCCUCCGCCUCCGCCUCCGCUGAACGAGCGCCAGCCUUACAUCUACUGGCGCUCAGGCUGGAGGGGUGGGCGCCGCCCGAUCCCGUGUGCGUCGACCGCGUCGGGAUAUACUUCAGGCAUAUCACUCAUACGAAGUCGGGCAGCACAGCGCGCAUAGUGUUCGAAGUGUCUCUGGAGGGAUCAGCUCGCAAACUGGUGACGGUGCGGUCCGCGCUCGUGCUCGUCAACCGCCUGCCCCACGCGCUCGAGCUGCGGGUGCCGCGCGACCACGCCCACAUGCAAGGCUCGUGGACCGGUGGCGGGGUCCGCGUGGCGGUGGUGGGCGCGGGCCAGUCGUGGGCGGCCCCGGUGUCGGCGCGGCCCGCGGCGCUGUGGGCGCGGCCCCUGCUGCACGCGCCCCACGCGCCCCACGCGCCCCACGCCGAGCGGGGGCCCGCCCUGGGCCCGCCCGGGCCCGCGCCCGGCCCCACGCCCGCCCCCGCCGCUAUAGACUGGCGGGACGCGCCCCACCCCGCGCACGCCGCCCUCCUGCACUACCAAUGCAGGGCGCCGCCCGACUAUGUCUACAGAUUCUGCUGCUCCAUCGUACGGGAGAGAUUUCCGCCGGAUCGUGGCGCACCAAUGGCGGGGCACACGUUGACUUUAGUGCCGGCGCUGCGGCUGGAUAACCUGCUGCCCGUGGAGAUGCACUACCGCUGCGGGCCCGCAGCCGCCUCUGCCUCCGCUACUGCCCCUGCGCCCGCCGCUAUGGGCGCGCUGGCCGCCGGCCAAACGAGGCCGUUUCAUGAGGUGAACGUAGAAGAAGGGGUGGAGAUAUCGGUUCGCGUGGAGGGGUUUGGCUGGUCGUCUGCGCUGCUGGUUGGGGGAGGGGGAGGGGCAGGGACGGGGGGAAGUGGAGGGGGCUCGUUCACGGCGCGCCUCAAGCUGCGGGACACGCGCGCGCGCCGGCUCUACCUCACUGCGCGCGUCAAUAUAUCCAACACGGACGCGAUCACGGUAUCCGUGCUAGCGGCGUACUGGCUGGUGAAUCGGUCGGGGCUGCCGCUGGUGGCGGGCGCGGGCGUGGCGGCGGGCGGCGGGGCCGGCGCCGGGGCGGGCGCGGAGAGCGGCGAGGCGGCGGGGCAGGGCGCCGAGCAUGAGGUGGCGCGCGUCGUGCAGCCGCUGCUGUUCAGCUUCACGGGCGCGGACCAGGCGCCCACGCUGUCCGUGCGGCUGGGGCACCAGCGCGCGCCCACUGCGCAGUGGUGCUCCCCCUUCGGACUCGGUCCCGGCAUAACCGUGAAGCGGUUGACUUGCCGCGGAGCCGGGGCCGGGGCGGGGGCGGAGCCGGGCUCGGAGUCGGGCGAGGAGCGCGAGUACUGGAUCGGGGUGGAAGUGAGGGCGGGCCGCGGCCGGCGCCGGGACACCAACAUAGUCACCUUCACGCCGCGCUACCAGCUGCACAACAACACACCAUUCACGCUGCAGUUCGCCCAGAAAUGCACAGCUACUACUGUGUCGGACCCAGGCGCUACGGCAACGCACGUGGUGGCCGUGGCCGGGUGCUUCCUGCCGUGGCACUGGCCGCGACCCGAUAGGCCGCGGCUGCUAUGCGUGCGGGUGCUAUCGUCCGCGUCUUCUUCCGCUUCCGCUUCCGCGUCCGCUAUAUCGUCCGCGUCGACGCCGACGCCGCUAACCGCGUGGUCGGGAGGCGCGCGAGUCGACGCUCCGCGUACUACGCACUUUGCCUGCAGGGAGGUGGCGGGCGGGGCCUCAGGGACGGCGGGCUCUGGGGGUGGGUACGUGGUGCUGCGCGUGGAGGUGGUGGGGCGGGGCGCGUCGCUGUACGUGCUGGUGUCGGGCGCGGAUGCUGCGCCGCCGCCGCUGCUCAUACACAACCACUCGCCCGUCUCCAUCAUGUACCACCAGGCGGGUUGCUCGGAGGAGAGCGUGGUGGGGUCUCACGGCACGUCGCGCUGGGCGCUGCCGGAGCCGGAGGGGGCUCGCGCGGUGGUGCUCCGGGCUCCGGGGGGCACGCGCGCCUGCGUGCAGCUGGCUGACCCCGCGCCACCCGCACAAGCCGCGCCCGCUACGCUGCACUACCAGAACUUCGUGCUGGUCGCCUUCACGCCCAACGCGCAUACUGACGCGAAUGGUGCGAUGGCUGACGACGAAGAUGUAUUGGUGCUAGAAGUGCCUUUAGGGUCUACAAAGGUCAUACUGGGGAAGAAGAGAUAUGGAGAUAGGUCGCAGUUGUGGCGGCGAGGCCCGGGGCAGCAGCUCGUGCAUGAAGGCAGUUCGCCCCCGCAGCCCACUGACGCGCAACUCAACGAUGACAACACGCUCUCUCCGCACGCUAUGGUGCUGGACAUAGAGGAGGCGGCGCCGCGGCCGGGCGUCGCGUCGCGGCUCGUGGUGCGCCGCGCUGACGGACGCCGCGCCUCCACGCAGGCGUGGCGGCUCACCCGCGCCCGCCGCAUGCAGUGCGCGCACCGCAACCUGUGCGUGCGGCCCGCGCCGCCCGCCGGCCUCGUGCCCGGCAACCGCGCCGUGCUGGCCCUGGCGGUGGCUGACCGCGAGCGCGGCGCGCGCACGCAGCUGGUGUCGUGGCCGACGCUGCGGCCGGGCUCGGGGCGGCUGGCCGUGUCGCUGCACGCGCAGGGGCCCACGCGCGUCAUCAGCGUGCGCGACGCGGAGGCGCCGGAACUGAACUGGAUAGAGAAGGACGAGGAGGAGGAGGAGGUGGAGACGAGGCGGGGUCGGCGCGAGUGGGAGGUGGUGGUGUCACUGGGGGGGCUGGGGCUGUCGCUCGUGGCCCGCGCGCCCCACGCCGAGCUGCUGCACUGCGUGCUGGCCGGCCUCAGCCUGCGGGCCGCGCUCGCCGACCACUGCGCGCUGGCGCUCACCGUGCGCCACAUGCAGUGGGACAACCAGCUGCUGGGCACAUCGUCCCCCGUUUUACUAUACUGCCUGCCAGAUCGAGGGGGUGGAGCUGGGUCUGGAGGCGAGUCGUUGCCCGCACUCCACAUGUCGCUGGAGGUGGAGCGCACCCGCCACAGACGGUACAACGCCGUGUUCUUCAAGCAUUUGGUCGUCGUGCUGCGGCCACUCGCCGUUAGACUCGAGGAGAGGUUGAUCCUUCUGCUGUGGCUGUGGGCUAGCGGUGGUGCUGAAGGACAGGAAGGGGAGGGGGAUGAGGGCGCCGACGAGGCGGAGGGGGCGGCCAGGAGAUCGCUCAGUGAUCUCACUGCACUGGCUGCUACUAGAUACUACUUCGGACUCAUCAAGGUCAUGCCCAGCCAGAUCCGGCUGUCGAUGACGACGGCGAGCAAGCUGGAGGGCGAGCUGAGCGCAUUGAAGCGGCGCCUGGGGCUCACGCUGAUCCGGUUCGAGGACGCCGCCGUAGAGCUGGAGCCCUUCGUGCGCGCGCACGCCUUCGAGCCCGCGCCGCAGCUGGCCGCGCAGCUGCUGGCGCACUUCAAGGACGAGCUGAAGUGGCAGGCGGCAAAGAUCCUGGGCUCAGUGGACUUCCUGGGGAACCCGCUGGGGUUCGUGGCUGACGUGUCUGAGGGCGUCACCGGCCUACUGCUGGAGGGCAACGUGGCCGCGCUGCUGCAGAACGUGACCCAUGGCCUCUCCAACUCUGCGGCCAAGGUUACAGAGUCGCUGGGUGACGGGCUGGAGCGCGUGGUAUCGGACGAGGCGCACGAGGAGACGCGGCGCCGGAUCAGGAGCGCGGCGCCCGGAGCGCACCUCGCCGCCGGCUUCCGGGGGCUCGGGCUCGGCAUCCUCGGCGGUGUGACCUCGCUGGUGAAGCACAGCUACGAGGGUGCGGCAGCUGAAGGGCUGCCGGGGUUCCUGGCCGGAGUGGGCAAGGGCCUGGUGGGCACCGUCACCAAGCCCGUCAUCGGGGUCCUCGACCUCGCCGCCGAGACCGCGUCCGCUCUCCGGGACACCAGCAGGAGGUCAGACAAGUGGGUGCCGGGUCGCGUGCGUCCGCCCCGGGUGGCGGGUGGCGCGGGAGGCCUGCUGCCGCGGUACAGCGCCUCCGCUGCGGACGGGCUGCAGCUGCUGCACGCGCUGGCCGGCGGCCGCGAGCUGUUCCUGGCCUACCGCCCCGUGCGCGACCAGCCGCACGACAUCCGCGCGCUGCUGUCCGACGCCUGCCUGCGCAUCCUCACCUGCAAGCACGCCGCGCCCGCGCCCGCGCCCGCGCCGCACGUCGUCAUGGAGACGCCGCUCAGCAACCUGGUGUCGUGCUCCACGGUGUCGAUCGACGGCGCGCACUACGUCGAACUAUGCGUGCGCGGGGGCGGGGCCAGCGGGGGUAGUGGAGGGGGCAGCGCGGGGGCGGGGGCGGGGGGAGGGGGAGGGGGAGGGGGAGGUAUAAGUGAGGGUGUUCGCCGCCCGCGCGUGCAGUGCGACAGCGCCGAGCUGUGCGCGUGGGUGGCCACGCACGCUGCGCUUGCGCAACGCUUACACAAGGAAUACGCACACACGCUGCAUCCGCAUCCUGACCUCGCCUGAACGAUAUCAGAAAAUGAUAGCUCAUUGAUCAUUCCCAACGCUAAGGGCUAGCGGUCACUAUCGCCCCGGCAUAGCAAAUGAUUUUCGUAUGGAAAACAUUCGAAAGUAAUUUUUACACAUUAACGCUCAAACUCUGUAAAUAUCAUAUGUAGAAAAAGAAAAUUCUGUGUUUACACACGAUUUAACAUUGGAAUUCAAAUUAUAAUAGGGAUGAUGACGGGGUACAGUAAACGAAAUUCUAUUUAGUCCGUCAGUUAGAUGAUCGAAAAAUAAUGGACACGUAUUUUUUCUUUGGGCAAUCAACCAAAAAAUUACAAAGCUAUAGCGCGUCAAAGUUUGGGAGUAGGGGCUCGUGACGUCACUUUUGAAUGAAUUUUCCCUUAUGAGUGUACUCAAACGUGACGUCAUGCGACUUUUCAAAUCAAUAUAUCUCUGCAAUGCUUAUGAUAUGUGAAAAAAGAAAAAAUACGUGUCCAAUACUUUUUGAUAAUCUACCCGAUAAACGAAGAAAAAAAAUUGGUCAUCAUCCCUAUUGUCAUACUCUUAAGAUUUAUUGUUAGUUGUAUGAAAAUCCUUGUUGUGCCGUGCUUCGAUGCAGUCGCCGUUAGCAUUAAGAUUUGAUAACUCCAAUUAUGUAAUAUUAACACUACGACAUUUUAUAACAUGACUUGUUUUGUUUUAAUGUUAAGCAAUUAAUUAACUUUGUUGAACUCCUGUGUAGGAGUACAUUUCCUUUUGUAUGGCCUUUUAUUACAUUUACUUCGCAUCACAUAUAAAUUGAAGGAUAAUUUUAAAAAUGAUUAUUUAUUUGAGAGUUUUUCUUUAUUAUUUAUUCGAGAUUUAAGUUAUAAUAUGUGAGGCUUGAACAAAUAAAAACAUUUGAGAAGUUAAUUAACAUCACUAAACUGAAAGCGCCAUAUUCCUUUAUAAGUACCUUAAAGUAUUUAUAAAAUGAUAAACUACAAAUACUUAACUUGUACUUAAAACUAACAGUUUAUAAAACAAUAUUAAUUUCUAAUUUAAGAGACGUUUAUUGAUUAAUGGAUGAUUGUGAAGUAAUUUAAAGAUCCAAUCUACUACCUCUACAAAAUAAUAUAGAACUAGCAAACCAGUGAACCAAAUGUUCACCAAAACCUGAUUUCUCGAAAACCGGAAGUGCUACGUUACUCAAAUCUGGUUUGUAGUCUUAUCAGACUAUUCUUAACUUAUAACUUAAAUAUUCUCUUUAUCUAUCUCUUACGGUUUGGCCGCUGAAACAGCACCACAGACAGACGGACGGACUUGUCUAAUAGAUAAGAGAUGCUGUAAUAAAAUACACAUCAAAUUGAUCACAUAAUUUUAUUAAUUGAUAAAUUUAUUUUUUAAGCAUGUAACUGCUCAUUGUUUAAUUUUAAAGAAAAUAUUACUAAUUAAAAACGGGACCAGGCACACCCCGUCUGCUGGCUGGUCCGCGUGGAAUUUUUUCUAGUAACAUUUUCUUAUGUUAUUAUUAACAUAAUAUGUGACGAGUUUAGCAUUCAAUGAGGGCUACCGUUUUCUGCCUCACCAGAUGGCGCCACUGUUGAGUGAGGUCCUAAAUUGUAACUUUUAAAGUUUAUCAAUACGCACAUGAAAUCAAAGGUUACAUUUAGAUCGUAUUUUAACACAAAAGAACCAUAUCCUAAACAUAAUAGGCCAUGCCACAUUGACGCGCAGUUCCGUUUUAUUUGGAAAAAAUGGGAACAUAAUAAUUUUUCUAAGCUCAAAUUUUUAAUAACUGACAUUCAUUGCCACAUAACUCAUAUUUGCCAUAAUUAAGCCGAAUUGUCACCAAUUAUUCACAACAUUAUUUUAAUUAGAAAUAAACCCGCGUAGUCAACCAACAAGCAAUAACAUUUGACAUUUCGGAGACCUCACGCUACACUAGCGCCUCUAGCGGCGGAUUCAUACGCGAUAGCCCUCAUUGGUCGAAUACUACUUAUUAUAGUGUCCUACAUAUUAUUAGCUAAUAGGUACUUAAAGACUGAGAUGUCCUUGAUGGCAUGUUAAAGUUGUAAUUAUAGAUUUUAUGACUUGUAUACAUUUGUUUAUCGCCUAUUAGUGAUUAAGAUUUAUCAGCAGCAACUCCUUGUGCGUCUGAAUGGUUUCAAGUGAGAUAAUGAAAAAAAAUGUAAGGUAAAUAUUUAACAGUUAGAAAUGGCGGUUGAAGACGUAUAUCACAAACCUGCAGGUCUUUGAAUGAUUUUCGAUAUAUGUGUUAGUAAACAUGUGUAUUUGUAACAAUGUUUUCAUAGUCAUCGUUCCCCGUAUAAUCUACUAGUAAAAAUGUAUUUAAGUUUGUUUGUAAAUAGCAUAGGUAUAUUGUGUACGGUGUUCAUAAGGUUACGAUUAUAUAUAAUGCAUGACUGAUGUUAAAAUUUCUUUAUUUCAGUUGGAAUAUUUAUAAUAUCAUAAUUUACUAUGUGAGAAGCUCGAUGGAGCAAGUGGUUAGCCUUCGGCUGCAAUCGUUGAAGUUAAGCAACUUUCACAGUGGUCGGUCAUUGGAUGGGUGACCAAAAAUUUUCUAUCUCGAGCUCCGCCGUGCUUCGGAAGCCACGUUAAGCCGUUGGUCCCGGCUGCGUCUGCAGUCGUUAGCACCCACCAAUCCGCACUGGGCCCAUGUGGUGGGUCAUGGCCCAAUCUCCCUAUUCCAUCCAUAGGGUAGGCCUGUGCCCCAGCAGUGGGGACAUUAAUAGGCUGAUGAUGAUUAAGAUAAUUAUGUAUAAACUUUAUCUUACUAGUCCCUCUGGCAAUAAUAUAUGUAAUUUUACAGAAGAACGACUUUUUACAGAAGAAUAAGGAUUUCCAUGUUCAUUUCCAUGUUUCAAUAUCAGUAGGGUAACUUAAUGACAUAGGAUAAUAUAAUAUGCUAAGGUUGCAUUCUUUAAGUAUUUUACUAAAUUAAAUAUCAAUUUAUCACUAAUUUCAAAUCAGUAGAAGUCCAGUUUUGAGUUAAAAGGUUUUUAUAAAAGUUUAACGGUAAAAAAAACUUUAAUUGUUAUACUAAUCCACUUGGUUGGGGAGUGUUAUUCGAACCCUGGAAUUUGACGGCAAGUGAGGACAAAAAAUUUUGAAUUUGGUUAACAAAUUCUCAAAGUUCUAAUAUAACACCAAUGUAACCACAGAACACAGAAUGAGAUCGUUUUUACUUGCUCGCUUCCCACUACGCUUCCACCUAAUAGAUAAUAGCCAAUCAAACGGCGCGACAUCAAACAAUUGAGCCAAUCAGCGACAGCUCACAUCCGAAAGCAACGACGAAAUCAGAACAAAGUUUUGAUUAAGUUAUGAGCAUUUGCUCACACAUGACUGCAGGCGCGGUCCGAAGGAGCGGGGGGGGGGGGGGG